GUACCCAGGGACUAACAAUUACACGUUCAGCGCAAAGAGACACUAACAACACAAAAAACGUUCUUACUUUAAAUUAGUUUCUUUUUAUACAUUGUUACAAAUGGAUUUUAACCGUUCUUCGUGUUGGAAUUCAAUUUCGGAGAAGGUUAAACCAAAUAUUCCUACCAUGGACUUUGACUUUUCACCUCCAGAGAAAGACGAAAUUAUCGCCGUAUAUCAAAGACCAGCUGCUCUUUCACUGAAGCUUUCUGAGGACUUCAACAGUUUUUCAGUAGAUGCUGAAUUUGAGGAGCUCCCAAAACCAUUCUCCGAAGAGAUUUGCAAAAAGAUGGAUGUUAGUGAAACUGUAGAAAGCAGUACAUUAGCCUGUGUGGAUGAUGCUGAGGCGGGUGGUGGUGAGGAUAAUUCUGAGGUGUUGAAUAAAGGAGUCAAGCUGAAGGUCUCUUUAAAACCAUACCUGGAAAAUGUGAAAUCCUAUGAUGGUUGCCCUGUUCUCUCAUUUGCUAGGCUUGACCAGUGGGAUUUGGAUGAUGCCCUUAAAAAUCUAAAAGAGAACAGGCUGUCUUUGCAGCCCCAUGUAACAGUGGCACCCCUGAAAACGCAUCAAGGUGGUGGCAUAGACAAGUUGCAGGAGAAUACAAUGGAUAAAUUAGCUGCUUUCUGUAAGAAUCAGUCUGCGUCUGUGUUAGAACCUGUGAGUCCAGACUCCGACAGAGAAAAUAGAAUGUCGAGCAGAUCCGUGGAAAAGUGUGGAAUAGAUUUGCAGUUAAGCCACCGGGAAUGUCCCACUGUUUAUAUUGACCUGCGUUGCCCUGAUCCCUCAGUAAAACCAGCAAGAACAUCCCCAAAUCUUCCAUCAGAGUCGUCAGCCAAACACAACAACACUCACCAGAAAACACCACCUGCAAAGAAAAACAAUUUAAAAGUGCACACUGGAUUGCAUAUGGGAGGCAGGGAAGAGACUGGAAAGAGUAUGUUGCUUAAAAAAAUAAGGGAGAUGAAUAGAAAUGAGAAUAAAUAUCCUGAUAAACGUAUGCGUCAUCCAGAGCUUGGCGUGGAAGCAAGCACAGAUGUUAAGUCAGAACAUCUGUGGGUAGAUAAACAAUCCGAACCUGAAGUGGAAAGCCCACAAACUGUUUUGGGACGUUUAGUUAAAGAACCAAAACAGCAGAGGGACCAACUGAGACGACGGGUUAAGAAGGCGUCUCACCAUGAACAAGCCCAGGAAACUCUUAGGCAGCUGGAAAAACACCGUCCAACCAAAUCUGUGUCCGGGAAGCAGCCAGCUGCCGAAAUGACUGAUGUUCUCUAUGAGUUUGAAGCAUCUCAUCAAGAGCCAAUCAGCACACUACCAGCAGGUAUUGAAAGUAUAGGCUCUAUGCUGCUGAAAGUCAACCUCUGCAGUGCUGGUGUGAUAGAAGACAGAGGACAUGGGAAGAGAAAAUAUCCAGCUGCAACCAAAUUACACAUCUAUAACACUUUAGUGGCAUGGUUUCUGUCUCUGAUUAGUGGAUAAUGGCUUCUAUCUUCUUAUGUUAGCCAUACUGUAGUUUGUUGUUUGAGUUCUUUCCCCCCCUGUGUUCCUGUUUUGUCAGGUCG